AUGAGUAUACACUUUCUGUCAGCCGCCCUCGUUUUAUUAAACUCAAAGGCAGCAAGUACCAGACAACCGAAUGAAACUAAAAAAAUCAUUAUAAUUGUUUUAUUUAAGCGACGACGUGGUCACAGCAGAAGAAAGAACAGAGUUAGAAGCACUCCAGCUGUCACAGAAGAUCAUGAUAUGAGUAACGGGACUACCACAGAUAUACCAAUAGCCCGUCGUGCUAGUAAUGACUGGGACUCGCAACAGCUGAAGAAGAGAAAGAAGAAAAGAAGGCAGCAACAGAAACCAAAAUAUGACACUUAUGAACCACCAGCGAAGGAAUAUGAGUCAACUUUUAUUGAGAUGCCAAAAGAUCUGUACCAGGCCCAUCUGAGACCCGGCGUGAUAUUCCGAAUUCACAUGUCUGAAGCCAUUCUUAAGAUGCAAUAUAGAAAUUACGGCGAAGACAAGGACGAAUCGGUGAUAGAAGCUGACGUGGAAUACCUUAGACUCACGCGCAAAGUGAUCAAUGAUGAGAUCACCAAGUUUGAAGACCUGAAGUGGCUUAUCGGAUGGUUCAACAAUCGUUCAGAGCUGAUACAGGAACAUAUGUGUAAUACUAGAUAUUAUGCUGUCGGUGUACCGCCAACGAUGUUCACACACUCCGAGGAAUAUAUGAAAAGGCUGUGUCUGUUUGACAACGUGUAUAUCGACCACAUACCGUACGUGAUCGGUGAAGAUGGAUCCCUUCUGGCCAGUGUCGCUCCACCCGUUCUGCAUUGUGACGCCGCGACCUGCACAUCUGUGCCUUUUAUUGACAGUAUAAUGUUCGACGAGCGCUAUCCUAGAAGCAAUGUCCGUACUGUAACACGUUGUCAAGCGAGCUGUCGUGCCCACUGUAGAAACGAUCCGGACUGUUUAAAACGCUGCUCCGACCGCUGCAUGCGCGCUGAAUAA